GAGCAUUUUCCCGCUCAAGUGCAGCAACCAUUUCAGCCGCACGAUCAAUUACCUAAAAUCCACGGCUCAUCCGCGAUGUAUCUGAACUGUCUGCCAUUUCUAUCGGAAAUCAACUUCAACGGCUCAACCAUGGGAGGUCAAACGCUCGGAGAUGUCUCCUUGACUCCUUCGAUAAUAUCACUUCCUGCUAUAUACCUCUUGCGGAUUCCAAUUUCUCAUUAUUCUUUCCAUGUUCAUUCUUCCUCAUUUGAUUGCAAAUUAGGGGUUUUUAGUUCAGUUUGUUGUGAGGAGAAGAGACGUCGGUGCCACUGCUUUCACACCAUCGAAUGAAGACUGAACAAUUUCUUCCUCGCUUCUUUCUCUUUUCGGUCAGCGAGUAAUCAAGAUGCUCUCUCUUGAUUUAUCAAAGCUUAGCCUGGAGCAUGUGAUUGCCCAGCAGAGCUGAGGAAGAAUAAAAAGUGUCAGAAGUUAGGUAUAUUUCCUUAUGUUCCUCUGGAUUGAUGUCUCAAAUUUCUAUAAAAGAGUAUAACAAAUUGUUUCAUAUUGAUCUUCUCCAGUGUGUAUGAAAAACGGGUUUUUAUUGUUGAUUUUAGCAUUAUGUAAUAGUACGGUUAUUAUGAAUCUUUUACAAUAAACGUAAAUAUUUGUAGUGGUCAAUUAUUAAAUGAUUCUGAGUUUUUUGAGUUAGAUUCAAUUCAUCAUGAUUUUAGAUAUGUCAAAAGUGGGGCCGUAAUUUCUCAACCUGGAAUUGCUGUCCUUUAUUUGAUUAAUCUGAGCUACAGGUUAGACAUUCAACCACUACGUUAGAUGUUUUUUAUACUUCUCAGCUUCUCAAGUAUGUGGUUGUGUGUUCCCUGAUUUGCAUUUGACGGCCUAACAAGUUUGUUUUUUUGACGGCCUAACAAGAUACAAGAAGGGAUACAUUUUGAUGCAUCAGAGUCACAAUGGCAGAAAGUUAAAAGAUUUUCAUCCUGGAGUUUAGAGUUUUUGUAACGUUUUGCAUCUUUUGUGACAUAUAAAUAUAUAAUUAAAACUUAUGGGCUUAUGGCGUUUAGUAUGUUUGUAUACUAAGCUUAAUCUAUGUUUGUAUGUAUGUCUAAG